AUGAAAUUAGUUGGAGAAAAUAAUUAAAUGGAGGAAUAAAAGUUGAAGGACAGGGACUACAGUUUUCACUCAAUUAAUAUCCCUCAUUAAGAAGGUUAUUAUAACGACAAGUUCUACUCUCACUCUCCCUGUGGUCGUAAAAAUAAAGAAAUAACCACCAAGGGUUUCAAAUAAUUUUAAGAUGAACAAGAAGACAAUAAUAACUCUGGUGAUGAUGAUAAAUCAAUUCCUGAUGAGGACUAAAUCAUGGAAGAGAAAGAGUGUAGCGCAGAUAGAGACAUUUUCUUUCUGGAUUGUAAGCAAAGAGAGCACAAGAUUAUUUCAUACAAGAAGAUUUUUAUAAGCGAUAAUCAUUUUUUUGCAUAGCCAUCAAAGCUCGUUGAUUAGGAUAAUAAUAUAUCUAAUAUUCAUAAACUACAGCAAAUGAUCGCCGAUCAAGAUUAAUAGAUUGUAAUAUGUGAAUAGUUCCUAAUGAAACCUUGUUAAACUCAUGAAGUUAAAUAUGUUGACAACUAACUCUCUGAAAAUAAGAACACCUAAUCAAUUGCUAAAAGCUCUAACCAUAUGAAUCAAAAUUACCAGACUAAGUCAAAGAACUCAAAAAAUUCAGAUAUGGCCACGUUUAAGCCUGAUUACAGAAUGAAUUAUGAUUCCAUUGCUGACAAUGAUCGUUCAAGAUAAUUGAAUAUCGAACGAAGCCAAGGAAAUUUAAAUGACAACAUUGCACUUGUUGUAGAAGACUGCAAAAGUAGUAACUAUCAAAAUGACAACCAGAGAAAUCAAGAAUCGAGUCCUAAUUAACGGAGAACAGAUAUAGAGAUAUAAUAGAAUUUUGAUAAUAACCAACUAUAUAAUUAGCAAAUGGGAUUCAAGAAUGGUGCUUUGCCAUUCAACAGCCACUAACAAAUGGAAAGCAAUGGAAUCAUUUUUGAGGCGACUAGCGAAUACAAAGCUAGUUCGAUUAUGCCAUAGUCAUACUAUGAAAUAGAUUAACAUGGGAAGCAGAACUGUCUAGAUAAUAAGAGUAUCACUACUAAGGAAAUCGUGUAUCACAACUCUGAGUUGAUAUCUCAUAAUAAUUAAGAUGAAUAGUAAGAAACUGGAGGCACCUACUUCUUCAAAAAAGAUCAACUUGACUACAGAGUUCCAUAUUCAUAGCGAGUUGGUUCCUAAGACUAACUAAGAAUAGCCUCCUUUGAUUCAAAGAGAAAACCAUCAAAUCAAAGUAGAUGUGAUGAGGUUCCUGAAGAACCAGCGAUAAUCAGCAAUGCUGGAGGAGUUUCUCAUAGGUCUAAAUUCAGUAAUGUUUCAGCUAAGGAUAUAGCAUCAAAGAUGCUCAACUUUAUUAAAAUCGAUCAGAAAGCCAAGAAAAAUCUUAAUAUCUAGGCAACUAUUUAGGAGAGAAUAGAUUCUAUGACUAAUCUUAAAAAUACAGGAGUCCUUGCUUAGUAUUACUCAUACACUAGUUCACUAUCCAAUAACUAUCAACCUAGCCAGGUCAAAAUCAAUUUAAAAAAUGGCAAGUUUAUCUUUAUAAAAAUCUAGCCAAGAAGCAUGAAAAAAAGGAUGUAAGGAUGUGGUCUUUUUAUGAAGCAAGCUUCCUCUACUGUGCAUAAAAUUAAAUUUGAAGAGAUCGGUGGAAUCAUCAUUGGACCAUAGUCUGUGACAUUUCAAGGACUUUUUCAUAAAAAUCCAGCUAUUAUCAAUUAGCCUUGGCAAUAGGUCAAUCAAGGUAGAUCUAAUUCUAUUUUCAGACGGAAGAGAUUCAGUGACCUUCAAAUGCAAGAUAAAAAUGUAAAGGCUCCUCGCAUUGUUAAGUUCAGAAUUAUGAAGGAAAGAUUUAAGUGCAUUGCUUUAUAGCAAAAGGUCAAGCUUUAAGAUCUUUUCUACAAAAUGCUAAUAUCUGCUUUGGAAAAUUACCGAAUAUCAAAUCAAGAAGAAAAGAAUGAAAUGAGAGAAAGAGCAUUAAAAAACCUUAAAAAGAGACUUGAAAUUGAUGAGAAAUCUAAAUAAGUGUCCUAGUACCCUAGAAUCACUUAUAUAGGCACUUCUGAUAAAAACAUUCAAGAUAUGGAUUAAAAAUAAUUUGAAAACUACCUUAAUCAUUGCAAGAAAGACCUAGUCAAAUCAUAUAACAUUUCAAAGAAGUUUUACCUUCACAAAUUUUUGCAGAAAAAUGACUUGGAAAACAGGUUGUUUAUGAUGAAUUUGGAAUUGAACAUGAGCAACUACAUCAAGAGAAAGUUAAAAGAUAUUGAUCAGAAGAUGAAUCCAUAGUCAAGAGUGAAUGCAUGCAUGGCACUCAAAGACUACUAUGAGAGAUUUUGCGAUAGAAAAGAUAACCCGACUUUCAAUAUGCUAGAAGUAGAGCUAAAGAGAGAAAUCAACGAGUUUAUUGAGUAGAUUCCUCCUCAGACCACUUCAAUCAACAAUGGAUCAUAGUAGAUAAUAAAGUAUGUGCAGAAGCCAGUUCAUAAGUCUAUAUCCCAGUCUAAGGGUUAAGUCCGUCAGAUUAACAUUUUGAACAAGAGUCCUAACCAAUUGAAUAAGGCUAAAAAUGGAUUAGCUAUUACUAACGUAGUACUAAUAGAAAAACUUGGAGAAAAUAAGACGAAUAACACUUUGAAUCAAAGCUUAAAUCACAGUGGAGCUGUUAAUAAUACUUUGAAUGCUAGUGCCUUCGCAAAUAUGAGUGGAGGUGAAAACCUACAGAGCUUGAAUAAUGAGUCUAGUGUCUGCUAGAACAACGAAAACAUACAAUAAGUUUCAUACAGUACAGUGCUAAAGGCAUUUAUAGAGUAAAAGUUGAAAAAUUAAUAGAAACUUUAAGAUAACAAAGAAUUGUUAAAGUAUUUGCCACCAGUACAAACACCCCUUUCCAGGUAGUUAUCUAAUAUUAGCAGAAUGAAGCUAUAUAACAAAUGA